AUGAGCAUAGGGAGAGAAUGUGUCCAUGCAAGAUUCCGCUUGUGCGAGGUAAACUGUGCCAUGGAGGUUUGGGCGACAGGGCGAGACCUGGGGACGGCGUUCUCGUGUGCAUGGCGACGAGUCUCCAAUGCGGCAGCGCACUACUCGUGGGAAGGGGACAUGGCAUCGAGCUUUCAAACGUGUGCUGCACGGAGACUGUUGUGCCACAUCGCAUGGGCGUCGCCUUGCAUCUGUGUGCUGUCCUCUCAUCGAGCCCUGCCACACCCACGUGACUUCCCACCCCUCAGGCCCACAACCACAUUUAUUCGAGCAUGCCUGUCCCUUGGGAAAAGACAUGCAUGGAUACACGAUUUGACGCCCAACAGUAGCUUUGUCACUCCUGCAUAA